AUGCAGAAUGCAGCCUCUGCUGCAUCACGACCUGCAGGCCUGACUCUGCGCCCAUUCGCUUCUACUACGACUAUUCAUAUUUCAACUAACAAUAAGGAUAAUACUCAGAGGACGAAACCUAAGACAGGGAUUGUGCUGAUGAACUUGGGAGGCCCUUCUAAAGAAGCUGAGGUGCACGAUUUCUUAUUGCGCUUGUUCUCGGAUGGCGAUUUGAUUCCACUGCCUAUGCAAAAGUAUGCCGCGCAGUAUAUCGCGAGGCGCAGGACGCCUCAGAUCAUAGACCAAUACAACAAAAUUGGUGGUGGAUCACCCAUCCGUAAAUGGACGACAGAACAAGGGACAGCCAUGGAGAAACUUCUUGAUAGGAUUUCACCUGAAACAGCCCCACAUAAGCAUUAUAUCGCAUUUAGAUAUGCCUCUCCUUUAACUCCCGAAGCUCUAAAGGAAAUGAAAGCUGAUGGUAUUGAGCGCGCAGUUGCAUUUACUCAGUAUCCUCAAUAUUCAUGCUCAACCACCGGAAGUAGUAUGAAUGAAUUGUACCGUCAACUCAAAGAAUUCGACCCUGAAAAUAAAAUGAAGUGGUCCGUCAUUGAUCGCUGGCAUUCUCACCCUGGCCUUGUUCAAGCUUUUGCAAAUCACAUCGAGGCAGGAUUGGACAAGUACCCUGAAGAGACCCGGGAUAAAGUUGUGAUCAUGUUUUCUGCCCACUCUCUGCCAAUGGAUACGGUCAACAAGGGUGAUUCAUAUCCCUCCGAGGUCGCAGCGACCGUCAACGCAGUCAUGGCAAAGCUCAAAUACAAAAACCCAUAUAGACUUGUUUGGCAGUCACAAGUUGGACCCAAACCUUGGUUGGGACCGCAGACAAUCAAAGCUAUUUUGGGAUUAGGUGAGAAAGGACAUAAGGAUCAACUUUUGGUCCCAAUUGCUUUUACAAGUGAUCAUAUAGAAACGCUUUUUGAAUUAGAUUUGGAAUAUGGCGAGGAGGCGCAUGAGGCUGGUGUGACUGGAUUGAAGAGAGCAGAGUCAUUGAACGCAGACCCAGUUUUUAUUGAAGCGAUGGCAGAUAUUGUGAAGAAUCAUUUGGAGGAGACAAAAGACAAGAUCACCAUCUCAAAACAAUUCUCUGUACGCUGCCCUGGCUGCACAAACGAGACGUGUGGUCAAAUGAGAGAUUUCUUCCGUCAACAAUAG